AUGUCAAUAUUUCAGUUACACAGAUUUCUUCAGAUAAUCCUGAAGAAAUAUAAAAAUAACAUAACAUUUAACCAAGCAAGAGCUUUAAAGCAAGAAACUAAGUCAUCAUAUGCACAUGCAGAAAAAACCUGCCCCCUAAAUUUUGAAUCCAACAAUGAUGAUCUCUAUCAUGAUUUAAUAUCGUUAAAAGAAAUAAAAUAUUUCACAGAUUCAGAUCUAAAUAUGGAGAUUACGCAGGGAAGCAUAUUAUCAGUAACACUCUUCUGCAUUAAAAUAUACGGCCUGGUCAAUAUUAUUCCUUCUGAAGUCCUCAAAUACCUUUGUGUUGAUGACGUCAUGAUAGCGCUUAAAAAUCACUGCACUGAAAAUAUUGAAAAAAAAAUAAAAAUAAACGCAAUAUUAAAUGAUAUAUUUGACUGGUCUUACAAAAACGGUAUCAUUUUCUCGAGCUCCAAAACUAAAGCUAUCGUUUUCUCAAAGAAGCGAGACAUAGUUUACUUUAAAUUAACAUAUGGUAAUAAGCAGAUUCAAUUUGAAAACCAAAUAAAAUAUUAUAAUUUCUCUUAUCUCUACAUCUUUCCUUCAAUAUUCAAAGUUCUCUACAAUAAAAAAAACCUAAGUCACAUCGGAAUAUCAGAUAAUGAAAAAGUUGAUUCUUCUGGAUUCCAAGUCACAUCGGAAUAUCAGACAAUGGCACAUCAUAGCAACGGGGCUGGGAGCAGAAGCAGCGUUAAAACGUCUAUACAACAACAAUCUUUGAUUCUAGCAUGUCUCUUUCUUCUCAGAUUAAUAGUUUUGCUGGUUCUUAUUUUCAUCUAG